UCCGUAAUCUCUUCUCAUAGUUACGGAUAGUGACAGUGUAAGGGAACAAUCUGGAAUGGUUACCUUGGGGUGCAAAAGAGCGCUUGAACUUCUAGGAAGAUGCGUCGGUGACAUAAAGGUACAUAGGUAGGUAAUUACUCUGUUGCCUGCGCAGAGAUUGCACAGUUCAAAGACUUCUGGGUUCUCUGUGUUUCUAUAACAAACAUCUAUUUGAGCUUUCGCUGUUUGCUACCUAAUACUAGGCAAUCUACACAAGCUUAGCUUUAUUGCUUACAUUGGACAAAUGUCAAGAUCGCAACACCAUCACUAAAGCCGGUUGUCAAUAUUGCGAAUCACACGCAUAUCAAACGUUAUGGCGAGCCUAGAGUUUCUCAAAGACGCUCUUAGGCAAAAGGCCGCCAUGCAACCACUCUCUGAAGCCCAGUACAGUAUUGGCUUCGAUAUGUUACGGCGAGGCUCAGGAGCGUACCAGGAGUUCAUCAUCCCCCAGUUAGGUCGGCUUUUGACUCCGCUCUUCAGCUCGCGUAGUCAGAUUUCGGUGUUAGAAAUCGGCUCCGGCCCAGAGAGCGUACUUGAGGGUCUAUCUAGACGCAUGAGGGAGAAGAUUACAUAUUAUUCCGCGUAUGAACCCAAUAGCUUGUUUGCUUCGAACUUGGAAGAAGGAUUACUCUCUGCCUCAAAGAAAGAAGCCGCACUGCCUUGUCUUAAAAGCGCAGCAACCAUUCAUCGAGCGCCAUUCACCUUGACUAGCGACAAACCUCACGACCAUAAAUUUGAUGUCGUUUUGUUCUGCCACAGCAUGUAUGGCAUGCACCCUCACCAUAAGUACGUCGAACAAGCACUUGAUCUACUUGACCAGGAUCUAGAAGGUCCAAUGGUUGUGGUCAUCCAUCGGCAGGGGACCCUAGAUCUCGGCGGAUUAGUGUGUCAUCGAACGGCUUCUUUCCCUACUGGAGUUGUUCGAGUAGCAGAUGAAGACCACGAAAUAGAUCAGUUUGCAUCCUUCAUCACCGGUUUUACGAUGCAAGGUUCGGAUAUAGACGAAGUUGUCCGGGUCGAGCGGCGAAAGGCAUGCCGUGCCUUAGGUCGUCGUGAGGAACAUCGUCCAAAUGAAAUCGUAUUUAGUGCUCCUGAAGUCAUGAUGAGCUUCACUCGCCACGCAGCCUCCUUGCCGGAACUAGCAGCACUUGUGCCACUGGCAAACGGGGACGUGUCAGUCAAAAACAGAGAAGCUCGUCUCCAUCGCCCUUCAGCUAUUGUUCAACCAAAGGACAUUCAACACAUUCAGCAUUGCGUUCGAUGGGCCGUGAAACACGGCGUUGGUCUCACAGUCUUGGGAGGGGGUCAUAGUGUCAAUUGCCUCGCUCCGGGAGUGGUAGCGAUUGACAUGAGCUCGUUUGAUCGCGUUCAUAUUCUUUCGGCCGAGGAAAAUAAGCAAAUUAAGAGUUCGGAUUUCGAUCACUUUGUUCUAGUUGAGUCUGGCUGCAAAACUGAGCAAAUCAUCCGCACGACUAUGGCAGCGGGAUUAACAGUACCAUUGGGAUCGCGGCCGAGUAUUGGCGCGGGACUGUGGCUACAAGGCGGCAUUGGCCAUUUAGCUAAUUUGCACGGACUCGCCUGUGAUGCUAUCGUCGGGGCCGUGCUCGUGAGUGUCGACUCUGGUCGCAUCCUCUUGGUUGGCCAUGUACCCGCGGCUUAUCGUCCAGCUAGAGCUGUUCGCUUGGAGAAUGAGGCAGACGAAAUCGACCUGCUGUGGGCCAUCAAAGGCGCUGGGACUAACUUUGGUGUGGUUAUCAGCGUAGUUUUCAAAGCUUUUGCUGCUCGAAAUUACCGUAUCCGACACUUGACGAGACCGAUGCGCAAUUUAUCCGAGUCACAGAACCAACUCGAGUCAGUUGAACAACUCUGCCAAAUAUCUACUCAGGAAACUCAUCGGGACUAUUCUAUAGAUGCGCAUAUCUACUGGGAGGCCGGUCAAUUACAGAUUGGCAUGACUAUAUUCGAUUCAUUCGUCUCGGCACCCCAUCUCCCAACCCCCCAUUUCAAACCAAAUAGGAUUUUUGAGUCGGAGUCGGAAGUAUCUUCUAGAAUAGUGAACGGAAUUAGUUUAUUUGAGGCGGAGAUGCAUAUGUCAGUAAUGCAUAGUGGGCAUGCUGGCGGCAAAACAUCUUCGUUCAAACGAUGCUUGUUCUUGAAGGAAAUCGGCAAAGAACCUAUCUCUAAGAUUUUGGUGGAAGCUAUCAAGACACGUCCCUCCCCGCUUUGUUAUAUCCAUCUAUUGCAAGGUGGUGGUGCUAUCACCGAUGUUGCUGCUGACGCGACUGCUUUCGGCUGCCGAGACUUCAGCUUUGCCUGCAUUGUCACAGGGGUCUGGCUUCGCGAACAAGAUGGGACACGAGUCGCUCAAGAAACAGUAAGAUGGGUCUAUGAAGUUGUCAGAGACUUGUUACCACUAAGCACUGGUGUGUACGGUGCUGACCUAGGACCUGAUCCCCGGGAUGCAGUUCUCGCGACUAAAGCAUUCGGCGGCAAUCUACCUAGAUUGGAGCGACUGAAGACAAAGUUUGACCCAUACAACGUACUGCGUUAUGCUUGCCCGCUCAAGGCACCAAUCGUGAUGAGAGUUAUUGUUCUCGUGACUGGCGAUGACUGUGCUGGCAAGGACUAUUGCGCCGACCACUGGGCCUUGACCUUGAAUAGCAAAUAUGGACAUCCUUUUACUGGUUUUACGGCGCGUGUAAUUAGCAUCAGCGACGAGACCAAGAAGGCAUAUGCUUCUACUACCGGUGCCAAUCUGGAUCUCCUGCUCCAUGACCGCAGCUAUAAAGAGGAACAUCGACCAAGCUUAACAGCGUUUUUUCAAGAACAAUUACGAGAAAGCCCACAGUUGCGAGAGGAGCACUUUCUAAACGUAGUACACAGCGCAGAAAAUGUGAACUUACUUUUCAUCACUGGUAUGAGAGAUGACGCCCCUGUUGCAAACUUGUCGUACUUGGUUCCGAAUAGCAGACUUCUUGAUAUUCGAGUCGAAGCAAGUGAGGCAACACGAUGCCUUCGCCGGGGCGAGGAGGGCAUCAUGAAUAAUGGCAGCGAACGGUCCGAUUUCACUGCUUCAAACUAUCGACCUAGUCUCAUUUUCAGAAAUGAUAUGGACGGAGGGGAAGCGGCAACAAGAUUCGCAGAGCGUUAUCUAUGUCCUCUUUUCGAUAACGAUUUGCAGAUAUUAGCCGAUAUGAUGCCCAGAAUUCUCGAUCAUCCACGCCAGGGGGUCGACUUCUGCCAUGUGCUCGACAUACCUCAAAAGCCAGGGGGUUUGGAUCUGUGUACGUCUUUGCUACGAACUCAUUAUACAGGCGACUGGGACAGCGUUGGAGCAGUAGUCAGUUGUGAAGCCGGUGGCUGGGUCUUUGCGGCACCCCUCGCGGCAAAGGUCAACAAACCUCUGGCGUUAAUUCGCGAAGAUGGGAAGCUACCACCGCCAACAGUUUCGGUCGCCAAAUCCUCGUCGCACAUCUCAUCUUCGAUAUCUGAUAAUUCGCAACAGAAGAGAAUUGAAAUGGGCAGAGACACGGUUCCAAAGGGUGCCCCGGUUGUGGUGAUAGACGACGUCCUUGCAACUGGCGAGACACUUUGUGCAGUCCUAGAGCUGCUAAUCAAGACGAAAAUUGAUCUUGGGGACAUCACGGUUAUGGUUAUUGUCGAGUUCCCGUACCAUCGUGGGCGAUAUUUGUUGCGUGAGCGCGGUUUUGGCAGAGUCAAAGUCCAGAGCCUAUUAGUCUACGGUGGCGCCUAGGGAAGAAGAGGUUAGGUCCUCUCAAGUUCACAACAGAGGCAUCUUCGUAGAACUUGGGCAUAGACUACUUGGAGUGCAAGCCAGGUGUUGACCUCGGUGCACAUGAAUGCUGCACGGGGACUAAAGUGUCAAGCGCUUGGGCUAUAUUACUAGGAGGAUAAAAUCAACGAGAG